GUUGCCCACAGUAUCGCACGACACUGAUUGCAUGAUGGCAUUUGCCGCUGCCUUCUCUCCAGUCCUAGACUGAGGAAGGCUGAGCAAGGUAUGCUGGAGAGAAAUGGCAUCACCUCUGCUGGUGCUGCCAUCGAUAUCUCCUUUUCCUGACACCCAGGCUCUAUGUUCUGGGAGUUCUGAGGGUGGCAACGGAGCUGGAAAAGUGGAUGCGCUGGGCUCCUGGCCAUUUCAGGCGCAAGCCCUUCCUUCCACUGGCUGGAGCUCCAGGUGGAGCAUGUUCGGAGAGCAGGCCUUAAAGGAUUUCGAUGCUCUGAAGCAGCGCUCGGAGGAGAACAGACUCCAGGAUGCCAUGGAUGCCCUUGACGCAGCGCUUCAGGCUUUGCAGCUGGCAGAGGAGAUCUGCAGGUGCAUAUCACAUGAUCUUGCAGCGCGAGAUCACGCAGUUGCUUCACGUACGCCAAGCAGUCAUGAAGACGGAGAAGGCGAACUGUGUCCAGCUGGACGGCCAGAUGUACAGAAUGACUCCCAAGGCCAGCUUUGUAGUUCCAGGCUCGGCAACCGAGCCCGUCCUCUUGAGCUUGGCAAGGCUACUUCAGUGGAAGGAGUGCUGAGGGUGGAAGGAGAUGUGAUGAUGAAUGCACAGGAACUGCAGGAAGUUCUUCGCGGCGUGCUGCUCCAAUUGGUGGGCGAGGUUCAAGAUGUAGAAUUGGUGUGUACUAGAUGCAAGCCCAGCGCGCCGACAUAUGCCUUUCCAUCUUUGGAAGGUAGCUUUUUCGGAGCCUAUGCUGAUCCAACGACUUGGGACGGCUUGGAAUUCGCCUUCAAGGUUGUGGCUUCUGAUCUGAAUGACCUGGAGCCGGUGCGAGAAACUCUUUUGCUCGAGGC